ACAUUGACUAUCUAACCUACUGAAGUGUCAACUCGACUAAGAAGGGCAAACGGACUCCGGAAAAAAACAGUUAUUUUUUAAUAUUAGGUUAAUUUCAAAUAAGCCACAAUGGCCAAGCUACUAGCUCAACUAAAAAGCAAGGAAUUCAGGGAUUACCUGAUGAGCACACAUUUCUGGGGUCCGGUGGCAAAUUGGGGUAUUCCUUUAGCGGCCAUUGCAGAUACUCAAAAAGAUCCCAGUUUCAUAAGUGGGAAAAUGACAUUUGCCCUGUCCCUAUACUCGCUGAUGUUCAUGCGGUUCGCGUGGCGCGUGCAGCCCCGCAACAUGCUCCUCUUCGCCUGCCACUUCACCAACGAGUGCGCGCAGCUCACGCAGGGCGCGCGCUUCAUCAACUACCAGUACCUCGGCGGCAAGCCAGCUAUCGAGGCUAAGGAUAACAAGAAAUAAUUAUAACGGGACGUUAUCCUGACUCUCGUCUUGCCAGCCGUGUAGUAGCAUAAUUAGCAAAAAAUAAUCAUCCAUUUUAUAGGAUGAUUGAGACAAAUGGAUUUACAGACGUACGUAUAAAAAUUACUCAAGUUCACAAAAUUAUCUUAUAAAAAUUAAAAAAAGGGCUGAAGUAAUUUUUAUAUGUAUAGAAACAUAAGGUUAACGUUACCAUUUCUUAGGCGAAUUUGACUCGUUUUAUGACAGUUUCGUUUUAUGUACAUUGCAGAAGUUACCUUAGCUACCUAUAUUAUUUAAGAAAGAAACAUUUCAGACUUUAACAAGCAGUAGUUAAAUCUUAAGUAGUAAUUAUUUUUAACCCUUAAAUGCAUAUGGUAUCAAAAACGAUACUAUCGAAAUGACACAACUAGACAUCAGAUUGACGUCAAUAUGAGACUUUGUCAUAUUAUAUCAAAGAUUAAAAUUGACGUAAAUUUCAAUUCUUCGUCAAAUCAUUUUGCUAGUGAAACCUACACGAUACCAUGCAUUUAAGGGUAAAACAUAGAUGGCAUAGCUCUAAUAGAGCAGGCUCCAAGGGGAUGUUCGUUUGCAAAAAUAGCGCACCUCAUUCUGACUUCAGAUAUAUAUUUUAUAGAUCCCGGACACCAUAUAAACACAUGUUGCCAACCAGUUUUGUGGUCCCCUUUCCCGCACCCCGGCAAUCAAAAAUCGCAUACAAAGAAAAAAAAUUUUUUCAUCAAA